AUGUUUCUGUCAUCUUCAGAGCCAACUACUCCAAUUGCAAGCUCGACGCCGUCACAGCUCAGCUCUUCCAUGGUCAACAAAUGUCACCAAUCGGUCCUCAACACCAUCAAACUGCAGACUGAAGCAAUUGCCCAUUUGCAGCAGCAAUACGCGACAGAUUUAUUCUCCAUCGACAAUUUAAUCACCUCAAUAAUCACCUUGUACCAAACCCAUUCACGUGGCGGUAAGAUUGUGAUUACAGGGAUUGGCAAAUCACACAAAUUGGCACUGAAACUAGUGGCCACGCUCAACUCACUAUGUAUACAAGCGACUAGUUUACAUCCACUGGAGGCACUACAUGGAGACCUAGGACUCAUCAAUGAAUCUAAAGAUUGUUUGAUAAUGUUGACAGCUUCAGGAAACACCCCGGAAUUGAUCAAUUUACUACCUCACUUAUCUCCAGAUUUACCAAUUUUACUACUCACAUGCAACAAAUUUUCAACACUUUCAAUUAGUAACCGCAUACAUAGUUUGUUAUUGGCGGAAUUGCCCAAUUCUCACAACGAAGUAGCCAUACAUGGCUUGCCAGCUCCCACGGUUUCAACCACCUUGUCUUUGAUAUUGGCAGACUCUGUGAUUUUGGCCCUUUCGGAAGCAAUCGAGCUGGAUUUGAUCAAGAGGAAAAAAUUGUUUGGAUCGAAACAUCCUGGUGGAUCAAUUGGGGCUAGUUUAAACUCCGAAGCCGGGUCUUCGUUGACUUCAGAUGGCAGUGCGACUUCGUUGCUAAGUUUGAAGAACGCGCAACAUCAGGAUAAGGAAUCAAACUUGAAGUUGGCUCCAGAGGCAAACAAGGAGGGUGGUGUCAAAUCAACUCCCUUGACUUCAGUAACGAUAUCCAAAUCUUCAUCAAUCAGUUUUGAUGGCCAAGGGUUGGAAAUGUAUGCAGCAUCCAAGUCACAUCCUCGUCCAGAAAUAGCCAACACCUCGCCGACUCUGACUCUGACACAGGCACAGACACAGGCACAGGCACACGUGAAGUAUAUCUCACAUGAUGAGAUAAUCAAAAUUGAGGAAACGAUGCUAUUGAAAUGGAUAACAUUGUACGACAGCUUACAAAUCAAACACACUGAUUUAAAAGUAAACAUUAUGCAAGUGAGACAACUAUACAGGCAAGUUUGCAAUGAGGAUGUAGCUGAUCAAGAGACAGGACUGAAUUGGAGUAAAUUCAAAUGGGAACUUCUUCGAUCAUUCAAAUGA